AGAAAAAAAACAACUGUUGAAAGAAUCGUUCAAAGGCAGUGAGAUAAAAGUGUGGAGAAAGUCACAGUGACAGAUAGAGAGUAGAGAAAUACAUUCAGUUCAAAAAAAGAAUGGGCACCCUGGUGAGCAGUGCUGCUGCUCUGCUCUUAACCUCCCUUUUGGCUUUGCUCUUUGGAGUUUCUUCAAUCCUGGGCCAGGACCUGACAGAGAGGGAUGCACUAUGCAAUGCAGAUGGCUGCUUCGUGGUCUACUUCCAACGCAAGUCUUUCCUGGACUCAUGGAAGGCCUGCAAGGACAAAGGUGGUAACCUGGCUACCAUCAAACGCAGGCAGGAUGAAAACACUAUUUCCACUCUCUUCUCCUCUCUAGACUUACGCCACUCACGCACUAAGGUCCAGGUAUGGAUCGGCCUGCUGCGGCAGCCUCGCCAGUGCACCAGUCGCCCACUUCGGGGUUUCUCUUGGACUACUGGUGACCAGGACACAGAGUAUACUAACUGGCAGAAAGAGGACUCCCCUGUGUGCUUAGCAUCACGCUGUGUAGUUAUUGGCUACAACAUUCAAGAGCAGAGUGAUAACUUUAAAUGGCUGGAUGGUUCCUGCUCAGUCCCUGUAGAUGGGUAUCUUUGCCAUUAUGACUACAAAGGAAUGUGUCCUGCGUUGUGGAGUGAAGGGGCAGGCAAUGCCCUCUACUCCACACCAUUUGGCCUUUUAAGCACGCUUCUAAGCCAUGUACCCUUUGGAUCUGUUGCUACCGUGCCCUGCCCCACAGACACAAAGGAGGAACAGUCAGUUCUGUGUACGCAGAGGGAAGACGGCUCAGUGGGGUGGUCAAGAGAUUCCCCCCUCUGCUCCAAUCCCCCUCCAUCAAAUAACUGGUGUGAUCAGAAUAACGGUGGAUGUGAACAUUUCUGCAGGCUGUCCGGCGCUCACUCCUACUGCGAGUGUGCCGACGGUUAUCAACUCAGAGACGAUGGGCAGACCUGUGAGCUGUCUGAUGUUUGUCAAGGAGCCCCCUGCGAAUUUGAGUGCCUGCCCCUUUCAGAUAGGUACCGUUGUGCCUGUCCUGAAGGAUACAUGCUUGCACCAGAUGAACAUGGCUGUGUGGAUGUAGAUGAGUGCCUUCAGAGUCCCUGUGAGCAGGUAUGUGUGAAUGCUCCAGGGUCGUUUGAUUGUCGAUGUCGGGAGGGUUACCAUCUUGAUGAUGAAGGUGGGUGCGAGGACAUAGAUGAGUGUAACAAUAACCCAUGUGAACAUGAAUGUGAGAACACUGUAGGUUCUCAUAUCUGCCACUGCCAUAUGGGUUUUUCCCUGCUGCCUGAGGACCCCAGUCGAUGCCAAGACACUGACGAGUGCCAGAUUCCCGGGACCUGCGAGCAGAUGUGUGUGAAUUAUGACGGUGGAUUUGAGUGCUUCUGCGAGGUAGGCUAUGCACUCUUGAAUGAUCACUCUUCAUGUCAGAAGAUUGGAGAAGGAGAUGACCAAUCUGCUGCCACGCCUCCUUUUCCUUGGGUCACUGACCAGCCUGGAUGGAACGGUGCGGACUAUUGGAACCAACAGCAGUCCCACACUGACUGGCCUCCAGAGGUGGAUCCAUCUCUGGACUGGUUGACAGACCCACCCAGAGUUUUGGACUCUGGCGUAAUUUGGGUCACUAGUGCCCCUCAGGACGAUCUGCCAUUUGAAGGAGCUGACUGGUCACACUGGGGGCAGGGAUCCCAGUCUGAGCUGGAAGUUUGGCCAUCCACCAUCUCCACUACACCCCCACCCACCACCAGCUCCAGUACUACCGCGGACUGGUAUGAAGAUGAAGAAGAGGAGACCACCACAGCUUUCCCUUUACUUCCUACCUCUACAAUCUCUGGGGGAGCAUGGUAUUGGUGGGCUCGGCAUACUACUGCCAGCCAGAAACCAGAAAAUCCCGAUGAUGCAGUUACAGACCACUACAUGCCUACUGAGUCUAGCUACCACAGUGAGGCAGAGGAGGAAAAGUACCCCCUUAGGGAAAAUGUUCAAUUCCCAGAGGAGGAGAAAAAGGACAGUGUGGAGAGCACCAUUUACCAAGACCCAGCUGUUUCCACCCAGCUUACUCCAUCCCAGCCAGCCCCAAGCCAGGGUGACAUCGAUCCUGUUCAGGAGGACAGGGGACAGAAACAGAGCAACACCUGGCUCCUGGUGGGCCUCUUGGUGCCCAUCUGCAUUUUCAUUGUGGUGAUGGUGGCACUGGGCAUUGUCUACUGCAGCCGGUGUGCUGUUCAGCCACGCAACAAGAAUGCUACUGACUGCUACCACUGGAUCUCUGGAGCUCAUGAUAAACAGGGAGCUCCUAACCCCUCAGCAGGGGUCAAGACCCAUGUUUAAACAGAGCAGAGAGAAACUGACAUUCACACAAACAGACUCUGUUUCAGAGGUAAGCAUGAGUGAAUAAUGAACUUGGUCGGGGACGAGCUAAAUAUUUGACCCUCUGUCUCUGGAACUGCCCACUCUUUGAACACAUUUGGAUAUUACUGUUGUAUGCCAGUUGAUAGAGGUGGGGAAGGGACACUCAAAACCACUGACCUCUCUUUAGAAUGGGGUUUCUAUGUGGUACAAACUGCUUUGAUGUUGCAUACACUGACCACACAGCACAAGAUCUGAUUGCUUCAUGAUUGCACUAGAUUACAUAGUGAUAAAAUAGUACCAUCUACAUUAGUAAUGUUGAAAAAUCUGGGAAUAUCCACACAUAAUGUGUGUAGUCAAUGAUUAAUUUCAGCAUUUCACAGCUGGAUACAGAUCUUGCCAAGAGGUUUUGAAAUUAAUGUACUGAUGACAAAUCAUUGUGCCUUUCUAAGGCAGCAAAUUUGACUGUGAGGUCCCUUUUAUGCAAAAUCCUCAGGCUCAGUUAAUUUUAAUAGCAUAGCACUGUAGAUAACCAUUACUGUCAAAUGUGUUAAAGGGAUUUAGAUGCAUCUUUAGCUCACAUCAGCAGUGAGAGAAAGAAGACUGUAUGCACAUUUCCCUUCAAGAAAAAAGCCAUUAUCCAGCCAUAACGCUUGGAAA